CACCAGUAUUAUUAUACCAUCAUUAUUCAGUCACUUGUGGUCCAAAUUCAGUUUUCAUCUCAGGCUUGCUGGUGAUGAGGAGGUGGGUUGAGUUUGCAGUGAUCGGCAGCAGAUAUCUCCUCCUCUCUGUGUCAGGAAAACACACACAUUUACCCACGCGGAGGCACGUGUGUGAAAGCAGCGCGCGGCACAGCUCUCUCAUGGCUGAAGAGGCGAAAAAACGAGCAGCUUUUGCUGCGGUCGACAACCAUAUACAGAACAACCAGGUUGUUGGGGUGGGCAGUGGCUCAACUAUUGUCUAUGCUGUGGACAGACUGGCUGAGAGGGUAAGGCAGGAGAAGCUGAACAUUGUGUGUGUCCCCACUUCAUUCCAGGCCCGGCAGUUGAUUCUGAAGCAUGGUCUUACCCUAUCAGAUUUAGACAGACAUCCUGAGUUGGAUGUAGCGAUUGAUGGAGCUGAUGAGGUUGAUGAUGCUUUGACUCUAAUAAAGGGAGGAGGGGGAUGUUUGGCCCAGGAGAAGAUUGUGGCUGGUUGUGCCAAGCAUUUCUUUGUCAUUGCAGACUAUAGAAAGGACUCGAAGACUCUGGGUGAGCAGUGGAAGAAAGGUGUACCAGUGGAGGUCAUUCCCAUGGCGUAUGUGCCUGUGUCCAGAGCCAUUGCCAGCAGGUUUGGAGGAGAGGCUGUGCUGAGGAUGGCUGUCAGUAAAGCGGGUCCUGUGGUUACUGAUAAUAGUAACUUCAUCUUGGAUUGGAAGUUUGAGAAGGCUCAGAACUGGAAAGAGGUCAACACAGCCAUCAAGAUGAUCCCAGGUGUGGUGGAGACCGGCUUGUUUGUGGGAAUGGCUGAGAGGGUCUAUUUUGGUAUGGAGGAUGGAAAUGUCAAGGUUAGAGAUGCUCCUGUCAACUAAGAAGAAACUUUCUUAUCUUAUGUGAGAGACCAGCCUGCGCACCUCAAGUGCCAUUUAAAUAUAGACUCGGGCAGCUCUUCCUUACAGUUUAAUGGUACAGAAACCAACAGUGUCCUGUGGAAGGUGUCUGAUGUGGACAUUUCUCAUAAUGUGUGUACAUGAAAUGUGUAGAUUUUACAUGCUUUCGCAACAUUACUUCCUCAGACCACUUUUCUCUCAUACUCUCUGCAUUGACAAGCCUAUGAUGACCUGGAAUUUAUGAUGAUGUUCUAGAUGUCUACUAUUGGCCUUAUAUACCACUUUAUAUAGUCAUGCUCCACCAUCAGUGUUGUCGUGUAUUCAUGCAUCUGUGCCACAUUUUCAUAAAACAGCUUUAGUAUAGUUCCUGGCCUUCAAUUGCAUGCCUUUAAAAGGUUUAAAAUAUAGCUUUCACAGUCACAUCAGCUUAUUCUGUUGUUUGUGAUUGCCGUAAUUGCUCAAAUUUCCUCAUGUUUGAUCCAAACAUAACCUACGGCCUUUGCCUGUACACAAUGGUUAGUUUGUUUAGUUAUCAAUCAUUUCAGAGCAUUCCACUCCUGGGUAUACUUUACUUUUUGAAGAGGUGAAAUGGUACUCGGUAUUGAUUUUGUUUUUGUAUAAUUUGUGCCUGUGGAGACAGUGUAUAUGAGGAUGAAAAAGUAAUGCGUUUAUGGUUCAGCUGAAAUCCAGAAGGCCUUAUCUUUCAUCAUGUGUUGGUCUUUGUUAAUGGAGACUCUCCACAGAGUUCACUGUGAGUUUUGGGUGCAAUAAUACUUCAAAAACCAGCUAAUAUCCACUUUGCCUGUGAUACAGAAUUAAUUCUUUAAUGUUUUGCUCUGAAACUCCGUAUUAAAACAGGACCAAUAAAUUAUAUCACUCAUUCCUA